GUGUGUGUGGAGGGGGGGUCAGCUGACUGGAAGCCAGCGUCUCUGACAGCCGUCACAACACCGUGUAUGUGUGCUUCCUGACAGCCGGCCAGCAGCUCUCCUUUCGGGCCGGGGCUGGGUUAUGUAUCCCGGAGUCAGCACCGACCGCGGAGGUUAGAGAACCGCCGACACAUGGCGGCCGAAAUUCAGCCCCAGCCUCAGGCUCGGAAGCCAUGUCUGCUGAGCAAGAUUGAGGCUUUCCAAGAUGUUGUUAGCACGGCGGUCAUCAUUCCUAAAGAGGACGGCGUUAUCAGCGUGUCUGAAGACAGGACGAUUCGAGUAUGGCUGAAGAGAGACAGCGGUCAGUACUGGCCCAGUGUCUACCACACAAUGCCAUCGUCGUGCUCCUGUAUGUCCUUCAACCCAGAGACCAGGAGGCUGUCAGUGGGGAUGGACACUGGAAGUAUUUGUGAGUUCAUCCUGUCAGAAGAUUACAAUAAGAUGACCCCAGCACGGACUUACCAGGCCCACCAGGGUAAAGUGACAGUGGUGCUGUUUGUGUUGGAGAUGGAAUGGCUUCUGAGUACCGGCCAGGACAAGAACUUUACCUGGCACUGCUCAGAGAGCGGCCAGCAGCUGGGGACUUAUCACACAGCAGCCUGGGUCACCGGACUACAGUUCGAUGUGGAGACCCGACAUGCCUUUGUAGGGGACCAAUCCGGUCAGGUGACGAUCCUGAAGCUGGAACAGGACAACUGCAGCCUGGUCACCACCUUCAAGGGACACACCGGUAAUGUGACUGCACUGUGUUGGGACCCGGUCCAGAGGGUGCUGUUCUCCGGCAGCUCAGACCACUCCAUCAUCAUGUGGGACAUCGGAGGGCGCAAAGGCACCGCCAUCGAACUACAGGGACACAAUGACAGGGUUCAGGGUUUGUGCUAUGCCUCACACACUCGCCAGCUCAUCUCCUGCAGCUCAGAUGGAGGCAUCGUCAUCUGGAACAUGGAUGUAACACGACAAGAGACUCCAGAGUGGCUGGAUAGUGACUCCUGUCAGAAGUGUGAACAGCCUUUCUUCUGGAACUUCAAGCAAAUGUGGGACAGUAAAAAGAUCGGCCUACGACAGCAUCACUGCAGGAAGUGUGGCCAGGCAGUGUGCGGCAAAUGCUCAUCCAAACGUUCCACCAUCCCCCUCAUGGGCUUUGAGUUUGAGGUGCGUGUGUGCGACAGCUGCCACGAGUCCAUCACUGACGAGGACCGAGCGCCCACGGCCACCUUCCACGACAGCAAGCACAGCAUUGUUUACCUGCACUAUGAGCCCACCGCUGGAAGUCUGCUCACCUCUGGCACGGACAAGGUUAUCAAGCUGUGGGACAUGACUCCCGUGGUGUCCUGAGGGUCUGCGCUCCACCGGCAGUCAGCAGGAACCUCCGCUCGCCAAACUGCGACGGCUUCACUGGUGGCAGUUUACGCCUGGACGAGACAGAGAGAGAGAGAGAGAGAGAGAGAGAGAAUGAAACUGAACUGUGUCGAUGUCAUCUGGAUAAUGUUUAACAGUCAUUCAACAACAAGCUGCGGCUGCUGCACGUUCACUGAGAGGACACGGCAGGCCAAAGAAGUCUGGAAUCAGGACGGGGCCGCAGGUUGACACAAGGUUACAGACGGUCAUGGUGGGUGUUUUGUUUGUGUGACGGGUGCUGGUGGACGGAGGGGUGGAGGGGGAAGUGGGAGUCGAGGUAUUUGACUUUGUAAGGUAUUGACACACCUUUCUUUGCUUAAAUUUCAUGCAUUCCCUGCUGAUUUGAUACCGGAAUCUCACAUUACAUUAUCUGAAGCAUUUCGACAACGUGGUCGAGGGGUCCCGUUAAACCCAACAUUGGUAUUAUGUUUUAAAAUCUUAAACUCGCUCAUUCCUAUUUAUCAAGCUGCAGAUUCUCCACAAGAGGGAGUCUCUGAAAAUCUGCGCCACCUACAGUAAAGCAGCACUUCAGACCUUUACAUGUAGAGUUAUCAAUGUGAACCCCAAGUGCGUACCAUCUGACACUUGCGCCACCUGCAGGCAACGAAUGCUUCCGCUGCAUUUUGUGUUCAUUCUAUACGCUGUUUUCUUUGUGUUUAAGUAAAAGAAGUCAAUAGUAAAAAGAGAAGAGAAGCGAGCCUCUGCCUAAACUGUCUGUAAAAAUAGUGACCAGUUAAAAGCAACCUAAAAAAGAGCCCAUCCUCACAAGAAUAACAACAGUAUAAAUCUAAAAAUCAGGCCAAAAAACAAACUAUAGUUACUUUUACAUCAUCUAGCAGCUGUAGGAAUUAUGACCUGGGGAAGUGACACAGUUCAGAUGAUUUGAUGAGAUGGGUUGGACUCUGCUUGAAGAGAUGACUGUUCACUUCCCAUUCCAACCCAGAGUGUCACGUUCCCAACCGCCAAUCAGGACACUUUUUCAAAAAACGUAAUGAACAGUAACGUUUUUUGAAAGUGGCAUAUUACGCGCCUGUAGUGCACCACUAUGGCCACUAGAUGCAAUAACCAUAACUAUAAGUUGUUAUUUUCCAGGUGAGUUUUGGACUUAAUAUUGUUGUUUAAAUGAUUUAUUUUUUAGGUUUAGUUUAUUUUAUUUUGCAUGAGUCAAAAUAUACACAAGAAAUGACAAAGAACUGAUAAUAUACAGAGCAGGGAGAGGCAGAAACCUAAACAUUUUUAACAUUUCACAAUAUAACAGAAAAAAGUGAAAAAACCCUAAAACAUGUCUUAAUUAUAAUUAUAAUGUUUCUCUCAAGACCCAAACAAUCAACAAUAUAUAAAACAGCGAAACAGAAACAUUUUCGUGAAUGUUCAUUAUAAGGAUGCGUUAGUAUUCAGGACCAAAUUUGGUCACACAGUUUUCUUCUGUUGCUUUGUUUGUCCCUAUAUGUUUAUUCUACUUCAUUUCAUUCAUUUACCAUCUGCUUUUAUUUUUUUUAAAAUUUAUUUAUUUAUUUUUUGUUUCGGAGCUCAAUAAUAAACCUUUAAACACAUGUUGGGAGACUGAAAUGUAGUCAUUUGCCCUCUCUCUUUCCUCUGGAGUUCAUCUCAUCUGUCAUUCAUUGAGUACAGUCUUGAAGGACAGAUGAAGCACAGCAGCAGUGUAUCACAACAGAAAAUCCACUCAUCACAGUCCACUUUACAAUUCAUGGCUUUAAAAUGUAAAAAUACAACAAACAACUCACACACUCUCAUUGCCUGCAGGUGGCACUAGUAUCCAAACUAUAAAAAGCUAUCGGUCCAUGCUGGUAGAUGGUGCGCAGUUCAUUUUCCUGCUGGCAGGUGGCGCAGGUCGGAGCAGCUGCAGCUGGAACGUAUCAGCUGGUCCUUCGCAUCACUCUCACUGUGUAUUGUUAUUAUCAUGUUCAAGAGGUAAAAAAUAUUCCUAAUCAGUUAUCAAUGACAUGUUAGUGGGCAUGACAGUAAUCUAACCGUGUUACACUGAGGAAACCUAUCAAUAAUUUCCUGCAUGUGAUAAAAUAAGCUAUUUAAUGUAAGUUUUGAAGCUGAAGAUGGUUCAAUCUCACAUAUCUUUAUUAGAAUUCCUUGGGAUUAUAUUAUUAUUUCCACACAGCCAAAUAUAUCAGGUUGAAUUUGUGGAAAAAGUGUCAAAACUGAUGCUUAGGACAACUAAAAUCAUGCAAUUUGAUGUGUGGGCAGCAUCAAACAGCUUCAAUAUCAUGUUGGAACAAGCAGAUACAGAAUAAAUGUACGUAUUUUGAAGUGGAAAUAGUGAAUGCAGACUCUUGCCAUGAUAUUGUAAGUACACAGUGUUUACCUAGAUCAACAUAAUGUUUCCUCAUCUUUAAAUUAACCAAUCAGAUUGCUUGCUGAUCUUGUGUUUUUUUGUCCUUUAUUGAAAUUAUUUAUUAUUCUAGGUGUGGAUUAAAUGUCUUUGACUUGCAAAUGCACGUAUCAUCGAGCUAAUCAGCGGCAGCACAGAAACGAAUCAGGCGUGAGGAAACUAAUGAACGUGCUUUGAUUUAGUUCCCAUUGUUACUGUCACAAUACUGUAGACUUACCUUCAUGUCAAUGCACUGGAAUCAAUACGCAGAAAUACGUCACGAAUCGCAGCUGUGAAGAGAAUAAUGACAUUUGUUUGCAAUUUUUUUUUCUACAUCCGUGCUUUAUCGAUCAAAUAAGUGUAACUCUUCUAGUGAAUGUUUUCCAAAGUUGUUUGAUUUAUAGGUUGAAGUUAAUGUGUUGAAGACGUCGUCCAACAAGGAAGAGUUUGUUUUUGCUUGUCUGCACUUUGACAGCCACUCAUAAGGUACAUUCCCUGCAGCUGUUUCCUCAUCAAUGUUACCCUGUCAUCACCACCAACUUAAAGGACCAUACCAAUGUUUUUUUUUUUUUUUAAUGUCUCAGUAACUACAAAUUAUGUUUACUUCCCAUUUUUGCUCAUCACUUUCCAUUCAGUUGCAUAAAAUGUUGUAUUACAUGACAGAUUAAUGCAGACUUGAUGUUUUCUUGUACAACUUUGCGUCUAAAACUCAAGCAUGAUUAGUAAAAUAGGUCGCGGUGUUGUAUGUGGUUUAAAUACGCUAAAGACAUUGGUAUAGUCCUUUAAAUGCAGGAGAUCUACAUUAUCUAAACCUUUUUUGGCAUCAAAGUUAAACUCACCUGAGGCCAGUGGUCUAUUUUUCUGUUGCAGGAAAAGUAACAAAAUGUUGUUGUGUGUGUUUCAGUGUCCAUUAAUGUAACCAUGUUUGUAUAAAUGAUGUAUUAAAAGAGCUGGUUUUCA